AUGAGAGCAGAUGAAAGCCCUAAAGUGUUUGAAGACAGCAUGCGGGUUCCAGUAAAGAUGGAGAAUGAGCUGGGAGAGCAGACAGAGCAUCGCCUCAAGGAAAUGGGCGCCCGCUGUGAGGGGGAAACCUUAGAAGUAGAGUACUACUACGAUACUGACAGCUUCCAACUGGCUUCUACACAGACCUGGUUGAAUCAGCAUAACGGCCAAUGGGGACUGAUCCUGGCAGAAGAACAGGAGCUUAAUCACACUCAAUCAUACAACACCAAAAAAUUGGAAACUGGACAUUCUGAAGAAAAGAGAAGCAAAAUACUCAACUCAUCACAUGAUGAAAAAUCGGAAACAGGUGCUGCCUUUGGAGAAACAUCUAAUGAGUGUCCUGAGAAGGUCUUAGAUACAUCACUGACAUACACAGAACUGAGUGAGCCAUGCUCCAUCAUGCUGCAUCUCUCAAAGUGUCUCCAGCUCCCUCUGACCCACACUGAAAUGAAAAGUAUGACCAUGAAGAACUUCUUGAACUCGGCCCGGAUCCAAAUGUAUGACAGCUGGACCAGUACCAGCACAGUGAAGUACUCUCUGCCUGGUGGCUUCUCUCUGGUGGUGGAGAGAAACUACAGUAUUCCCACUGAAACUGCUACUGCAUUUUUGAUGAUGAAUGCUGAUGUGCUGAGCAUAAUCAGUGAGCUGGAAAAGAUGGAUCAGCUGUGUAAAGAACUAGGCCUAAAACCAAAGGCAAGCUCAGAUGAACAAUUAUAA